GCCGGCCCGGGCCGGGGCCGGGCGGCAGCGGCGGGGCCAUGUCGCAGCACAGCACGCUGCUCCACCUGCUCGCCGGAGGAUGUGGUGGAACAGCUGGAGCCAUCCUGACCUGUCCCCUGGAAGUGGUGAAGACACGUCUGCAGUCAUCCCAGCUGGCACUGCGGCCUGUGUGCCUCCCAGAGAUACAGCUGCCAGGGAUGAGUGUGAGGCUGAUGAAUCCCACCCCACCAUCUCCUGGAGUGCUCAAGUUGCUGAGGGCCAUCCUUGAGAAGGAAGGCAAACGGUCCCUGUUCCGAGGUCUGGGUCCAAACCUCGCUGGGGUUGCUCCUUCCCGGGCUAUAUAUUUUGCUGCCUAUUCUGCUACUAAGGAAAGGCUUAAUACUGUGCUGGUGCCAGAGUCCAAGGAAGUACACAUAUUAGCAGCAGCCUGUGCAGGCAUCAGCUCAGCCACACUCACCAACCCCAUCUGGCUAGUGAAAACCAGGAUGCAGCUGGAAGCCAGGGUGAAGGGGGAGACGGCCAGCAACGCUCUCCAGUGUGCCAUGCACGUGUACCGCACAGAAGGCCUGCGUGGAUUUUACCGUGGGAUCACUGCCUCCUAUGCUGGAGUGUCAGAGACCAUCAUACACUUUGUCAUCUAUGAAGCACUGAAAAAAGAGCUGAGAAACAGCCAGCAUUCCCAUUCCCCAUCACUCACACUUCCACCCAACAACAGCGAUUUCUUCGGACUAAUGAGCGCCGCCGCUGUCUCCAAAACAUGCGCUACGUGCAUUGCCUAUCCACACGAGGUCAUUCGGACGCGGUUGCGAGAGGAGGGCUCCCGGUACCGUUCCUUGGCGCAGACUCUGCAGCUGGUGGUCCGUGAAGAGGGACCCUUGGCUUUAUACCGGGGGCUCCUGGCGCACCUGAUCCGCCAGAUCCCAAACGCAGCCAUCAUGAUGGCCACCUACGAACUCAUUGUGCAUUUGGCCUCUCCCACCUUGUAAGCUGUAGCACUUGGCUGAGGCUGCUCUGGAGGUACAGGGACAUCGUGGUCCUGAGACCUGGUCUUUUGCAGGGCUCUGAGAGGAGGUGCUUUUUGUCACAGAUCAGAUCUGGGUCAGGCGUUCUCAGGACACAACAACUAUUUUGUGCCAAGUUUUUUGCUCCAAUGUGCACAGUGUAGCCCUUUUUUUUUCCUUCUGGAGAUUUGAAUUAUUCCAGUGCUUCAAGAUGUCAGGGUACUGGUUUGACAGUUCCUUUUGUCAACUCCCUUGAUGAAACAAAGGCUUAGAAUUUACUGGGAAUGAGACAAAGCAGAAAAGUUUAAAGAGUGUCUUACCCCAGCACGUUCACUUCUUUUGGACCCAGUAACAACCAUACAUGGGCACAGUUGGGCAUGAAGACAGGCUAGAGCUGAAACAUCUGAGAGAACUGCAGCAAGCAGAGAUCUUGUGCUGCAACCUUUGCCCUCAGAGGGGCUCUUCCACUCUCACCUACCAUACUGCCUUCUUGCCCCUAAGGAGGAUUUCUCAACCUUGGCUGCCAACAAAUUGCAGAAUUUUCCCCUGGGUCCCUCACAUGUUGCAGCCAUUGCCCCAAGAUGUGUCAGUCAGCUGACAGCCCCUUUUUGUCUUGCAGGGUCUGAAAAACCAGACCAAGUAGAUCCAGGGAAGAAGCACAACCUGCUCUGAAGCACUAUCCUAACAACUCAUGCUACUGCUGGACUCAGAGCCAUGCUGUGCUACUGUCUGUUGUAUUUCCAUCUCCUUCAUGCUCAGCAGAAAUGGGAAGAUGCCUCCUUCCCCCAGAAGUGCUGGGGCUGUUCUACAAGUUGGAACCCCUGGUAUAAAAAAAUACUCUUAUCAUACUGAUAAAAAAAGAUCAUAUGAGAAGAUGGAUGAAGCUAAGGAGAUUUGGCCUGUUUCUGUUGAAACACUAAGUGUAUGAAAAGAGCUUUAUUUAUUUUCCUGUGUUCAAGAAUUCAGUUUGCUGCAUGUGCUGCAUUUGCCUGCGACAGGCUUGAGUGCCUUCUAUUCUUUUGUGGGUCCCCAGCACUGAGUCCUGGGGAAGGCUACAUUGUGUUUACAGAGCAUUUUGAUUCUCAGAAAGGCUCAGGGGAAGGGUCGUGAGUGAUGUGUUUUUCUUGCUUCAUCACAU